UAGCUGCCACUCUUAUGAGAGGUUGGCUUCUUCCCUCCUGCCUAAUAAUAUAUCACAGAUAUUUCCCAUCCCAGCUCUGGUGUGAUACUGGCCCUAUGCUGAUAGUUCUCUGCACAUUUUAGUUCUGGUUAUAAACCUUUUCUUAACCAGGGAUGAUAGGAUUUGAGGAUAAAGGUGAGGUUUGGUUGUAUCACUUGCAUCUCUAGUUAUGAACAGCAAGUAAGAGGCAGGGCUCAUGUGUAAUGUAGCAUCGGGGGGAGGAACUGCUUAUGUAACUGGGACAGCAGAUUUAGUCAAAGGAGGAAGAGGCAGAGGCUGGGAAUGGGAACAGUGAACUGUCGGCAGGGGCAACAUGCCCAGGUGGCUCUUUCUAAUAAGCAGGGUAGCAACAUCCAGGGCCCCUGGGUCCGAGGCUGGAAGAGCCUCUGGUCAGGUGUGGGGACCACCAGGUCAGGCCUGGAAGAACUGUGGGGACUAUGGGGGCAUCUGUGCCAGCAUCAGGAGCCAGCUUCACUGCUAGUAGAGAAGCCUCUGUCUGAGUGGCCAGUGCCUCAGUUCAUCAACCUCUUUCUGCCGGAGUUUCCCAUUAGGCCCCUUAGGGAGCAUCAGCAGCUAAAGGUUUUAGGCCUUGUGGCUAAAGGCUCCUUUGGAACUGUCUUCAAGGUGCUAGACUGUGGCCAGAAAGCAAUAUUUGCAGUGAAGGUGGUGCCCAAGGUCAAGGUCCUCCAGAAGGACAUCCUGAGGCAGUGCAAAGAGGAGGUUAGCAUCCAGCGACAGAUUGACCAUCCUUUUGUACACGGUUUGGGAGACAGCUGGCAGGGAAAACGGCACCUCUUCAUUAUGUGCAGCUACUGUAGCACAGAUCUGUACUCCUUGUGGUCUGCUGUUGGCUGCUUUACUGAGGCUUCCAUCCGCCUCUUUGCUGCUGAACUGGUCCUGGUGCUGUGCUAUCUCCAUGACUUGGGCAUCAUCCAUCGGGAUGUGAAGAUGGAGAAUAUCCUCCUGGAUAAACGAGGUCAUCUGAAACUGACAGACUUUGGUCUGUCCCGCCACCUGCCCCAAGGAGCUCGAGCCUAUACUAUUUGUGGCACUCUUCAAUACAUGGCCCCAGAGGUCCUGAGAGGAGGGCCUUACAACCAUGCUGCUGAUUGGUGGUCCCUGGGUGUUUUGCUUUUCUCUCUGGCAACUGGAGAGUUCCCAGUGGCUGCAGAGAGAGACCACGUGGCCAUGCUGGCAAGUGUGACCCACUUUGACUCUGAGAUCCCAGCUUCUCUUAACCAGGGGCUCUCACUUCUACUCCAUGAGCUCUUAUGCCAGAAUCCCCUCCAGCGUCUACAUCAUUUGCAUCGAUUCCAGGUCCACCCUUUCUUUCGGGGUGUGGCCUUUGACCCAGAGCUCCUACAGAAACAGCCAGUGAACUUUGUCAUGGAGACUCAAGCUACCCAGCCUAGUCCAUCAGAGUCCAUGCUGUUCAAGGACUUUGACUGUAACCUGGAGUCCUAUCUGGUCUACCCUGGACUUGCUUGAGCCCCCUCUACUAUAGACUGGGGCCCAUCUGGAAACCUGAGCAUCUCCUCCACUGCCAACUCAGUAUGACCACCUCGAUGACCCAGUUUGUUUUUACUUUGUAGCCUCUUAUUGUUCUUCUAGGCCAAACAUGUCAAACAUGCGGCUGGGCCGUGAGUGUGACAUGCUUGUUCUAGGCCAGCGGUCGCCAACCUUUCAGACCUCAUGGACCACCAGUGGUCCGUGGACCACCAGUUGGCGACUGCUGUUCUAGGCAUUUUACCUGAGUUUAAAUCUUGGGCAUUCUGUUAUUGGCAGCCACGACUGACCUAGCUCUUCCCCUAUUAUACAGCACACCUCUCAAUUCAACAUCUCAGAUCAAAGUGUUGACUUUUUCCUCUGCUUUAUUUCUCUAGUGCUCAUACCCUGAAGCUUUUAGCCAGAGGCUUAUUUCACUUUCCCCCCCUCCUUGUUUUUGAAUCACAUUUCUUUCCUUGAGCAAUAACAACACUUGAUGAUUUUCCAAGGUGCUAUUUAUGUGUUUAACAGGCUUGUUAGAAGCAGUAUGAAUAUUUUUCAGAGGUCUCAAAAGCUGGCAUUUCAACCCGCAGGUAUACACCUAAAGCAUAUGAUUCUGGGGGCCAAAGCCAGUCUGUAAUAAAUUUAAAAAAAAUUUUUUAAAGUGAAUUAUAACAGCCAAAUGUGAGGAAGAGAAUAAAUAGGGACUGAAACAUGGGUGGGGUAAAUGUCUUGAGAGGUAAUUGAAAUAGUUUUACAAAUUUCUUCCAAAUCAAAACCCCUUUGAAAGACAUUAGGAUUCUUAUAUCGAUCAUUGUCCUACACAUCCCAGGAUUCAGUUCUAAUGGGCAAACCAAGGGAUUAAGAGGCAUGACAUCAACCUUAAAAUUUUUUAUUUUUAUUUUUGUUAAUCCUCACCUGAGGAUAUUUUUCCAUUGAUUUUUAGAGAGUGGUAGGGAGG